AUGGGGACAGCUGACAUGUUGUCUAUAUGCCUCAUUCGCAAAAUACUCUGUUAUCUUAGUUAUGAAGAAGCAUCUCGGAUGACAAUUCUCUCCAAAACAUGGCUACUAGCCUGGUUGGAUAUCCCCAACUUGGUAUUUACAGUCUCGUCGGUCAAAACCAUAACAACAGUGGAUCAUGUCAUGGAGAGAUAUAAGAACGGAAAUAUUCCUAUUGAAAAGUUUGAAUUACACAACUCUAUAAAGUCUAAACAUAUUUUCCCUGUGAUUGAUAGGUGGCUCGAUAUUGCUCUUCAAAAUGGUGUAAGACAUGUAAAGUACAUAGAUGUUGAAAUUCCAACAACAUACCCCUUCCCUAUUGUUAAAUUCUUUGAAGCAAAUGUUUUACGAGAACUGGUCUUGAAGGGUUGUAAUAUGAUGCAUUUUAAUCAAGUGGUGACGUGUCAUUCUUUGAGAAAUCUUUCUCUAUCUCUUGUACUCUUAGACGAGACCAUACUUCUGACUAUACUCAAUAGUUGUCCGUUCAUUGUUGAGUUAAGCAUUGGGUAUUGUACUUGGCUGAAAAAUAUUGAGAUCCGAAAUCUUCCUAAUAUCAGGUCUCUUGUCAUUUGUAAUGAUGAGCCCCUUAAAAUCCAGGCACCGUCUCUUGAACGCUUGUAUUAUAGUAGUUCUUAUUUGAAUAAAUUGAAUAUUGUUGAACAUAAGAAUCUGAAAACUUUAGAUAUAUCAUGCGCAGAGAUAUCUGAUGUAUAUCUCAACCACCUUAUCUCGAUACCUUACAGCCUCGAGAAACUGAUACUAGCUAACAUAGCUUUUGGAAGAUUCGACAUUUGCAGGAGUCAAUCCCUAAAGGUGUUAAAGAUUCAUAAUUGCAAGAUCAUAGGAGAAAUUGAUGCUCCAAAUUUGGUUUCGCUCGAGUAUAAAGGAAUUGAUAUUCCUCAGCUUAAAUUUGCACAAGAAUCAAGAAAAUUGAGGCGAUCACGUAUGAUUCUUUAUCCCUUGUUCGAUGUAGAUGCAUCAUGGUUUUGUCAGUUGAGGAAAUCCUUAUCAGAUUCAAUCUCGUGGUCUCAAGUUACCAUUUACUUUUACAAAUGCGAGGAGAUAAAUGUGAUAGAUUUGCUACUGCAAUCUAGAGUUGUUAUCCCCAAAGUGGACAUUUUAGAUGUGAACUUCUCAAAGCCGAAUUGGGAGUUCCCGACAUUUAUUGAUGCCUUGCUGUGGAGUUGUCAUCCCAGGAAACUUGACCUGCAAUCAACAAGUGCAAUUUUUACAUGUUUCAUGAAUCGUUUCACGCAGAUGAAGAAUUUGCGUCAUGGUCGAUUAAAAGAAGCAAAAGCCUACAAAUUUGAUCAGAAAAGUCAGAGUUGGCAUGCUGUAGAACAUAAAAGAGGAAGAGAUCUCUCAAUAAGGACCAGUAGCAAGUCGAAGAAAUACUUCUUUUUAUUAGAUUGGUGA